CGAACAGUUUGCAUGGGAGCAUGAAAACUGGCUGAUCCUACUCAAAGAAGUGAGAGAGCCUGUUUAGAGACAGAGCCGUUUCCUUUUGCAGACAGGAAGGUCCAAUUAUAAAGUCAAUGAAAAUUUUAAGACAGUGUGAACACAGUCACUCUGCCGCAUUUGUGUUCAUUCGUCCACGGAAGAUUUUUCAAGAUUCCUGAUAUUGAACGAAAAUUUGUGUGGAGGAACCAGGCGAUAGAUGCAUUUGAAUGCCUUUUGUGCUGAGGACGCGGAGCAAGAUGUAUUUCACAACUGAGCUUCGCCAAAUAUCCAUACUUAUUAAACAAUGGAGAGUUACUACAAUGAAAGGUGUUAGUGGUUCCAUAGUGGCAGUUCUGGCGCUGGCUGUACUGUACGAAUGUGCAAAAGGAUUACAUGUAUAUUUACGAUCUCGCCUUCAAAACCAGAAUGAAAGAACGAAUGUGACGAAAAGAAGGAUUUAUAGGUCGGAAGCUUUCACUCAGUUUUUAAAGACGUGUAUUUUUAUGGCUGAGCUCUCUUUGGCAUAUUUCCUGAUGUUGAUCACUAUGACAUACAACACGUGGCUGUUCAUCGCUGUUGUGAUUGGUCGUGGGCUGGGCUUCUAUCUGGUGACACCGCUGAUGAUCUCAUAUGAAAGCAGAGAGGAGACUGAUGACUACAUUGACAUCUCGAUGGAUUCACUAUCCACACGACAUCAGCAAUUGUGAAAUCUGCUCAAAUAUCAUGAACUGCAAAGCAUGAAACAAAUAUUCCAUUCGUACAAUUUAACGAAGGUUUAUCAUUUUAACUAGAUCGAGUCCCCUUAAACUGCAGAUGGAGCCAAGGUUUUCUGUAUAUCUUCAGAAAUUAGUAAAUCUGUAUCCUAGUGGAGCAGCCAUUUUACAAGAGCCGCUUCCCCUCCCUCGACACGGACGUUGUGUUAGCCUCUAAAUGAAGAUAUAGGUCUCAAUCAACUGACUAGUCUCCUAAAGGAAUUAUUGCUCGCUUCAUUUCCUCGUACGUUGUCUAAUUUAUCGCCUGGUCGGGGGGGGGGGGAUUUUUGGCGGAUUACGUGGUUUUUAAGGGGAACGGAAGGGGGGGAUCAGUCUUCGUGAAAAGAGUAUUAGGAGGGGAUUAUAGAAAAUCGACAAAAUCGCCUGUCACUUAACUGCCAAUGAGAGUGGGCGGAGUUAUUAGCAAAAAACAGAGAGUUAGAGGGGGGAAGGAUCGGAUAAUAAUAAUAAUAUAUGAUGACCGGACCUUUGUCAAUGACGUAAACAGAUAAUUCUUGUCGGCUUUUUGCCGCCUUUAAUUCGAGACGUGCAAUUAGGUUUGGAUGGCUUUGAGAUGAAUUACGGUUCCUUGCCUGUCUUUGGUCAAUUGUCCCAUUUGACGUUACUUUGGCUCAGUGUGUGAUGUUGAUAAAUCUCGUAAUUAAACGUUAUUAUUAUUCUCUUAUACAAUUGUUCCGCAGAACA